UAAGUCAAAUUGCGUUUUGCCCUUGCACAUUUAAAUGUCAAUCUAGCACUCGGACAGUUGCAUCAGUUCCUGUGUGUGCGUGUAAAUAUCUGUGCCGUGGCUGCUUCACGCUACUUUUUAUUCCCAGGGCGCAGAAUAGUCAUAAAUCCUUCUCUGCUAGGAAAGGCUGUGAUCACAAUAAAGACGUCACCCUCCUGCUCGGGUAGGCUCAACCAAGCCAAGUGCGAAGCUAUUUGUAAGCUACAACAACAACAACCUCCAGCACCAUGCUCAUGGAUAACGUCGGGAUUUCGCUGAGAUCCCCUCGCCGUGCGAAGACGAUUUCUGCGUCAGAUCCAUAGUAGAAACAGCCUUUGAUUGCUCCGGAUCCUCUUACGAUCAAAAAAAAAAAAAAAAAAAAAAAAAAACAACACAGGCUUGAUCGCGUUGCGGGCUCUUGUCGCAACACACAGGACGCCAGCCGUGGAUUUGAAGGAGUCAUGGAGGAAACAGCUGCCACAGCCCCAGCCCCUGGCACCUGUGCUGCCCCCCCAGCCCCAAGACCUCAGCCUCCCGCCUUGGUGCCAUCCCGCAGCCUCCUGGAGUGGAGAAGGAGGGUCAAGUCUGAGUAUAUGCGCCUUCGCCAAUUAAAACGCCUUAAAAAAGCAGAGGGGGUCAAGAACCUGUUCAUGUCCAACAGGCAAAAGAUUGAGCAGCACACAAAUCUUCUGAACGCAGAGUGGUCUCGACUGCGGAUUCAGACCAUCCCUCUGUCAACUUCUACUGGAGCACUGGCCAGCAAGAAGAUGUGUACAGUGGAGUUUGGCUUCCCAUCAUUCAAAGCUCAAGCCAUUGCCAUGAGACCUCUGUCAACUGUGGCAGGAAUCCCCUUUAUGUACUCCUGGUCACCUCUGCAGCACAACUUCAUGGUGGAGGAUGAGACGUUCCUUCAUAACAUCCCGUACAUGGGCGACGAGGUGCUGGAACAGGACGAGGCUUUCCUGGAGGAACUCAUUGACAACUACGAUGGUGUCCAUGGUGACAGAGGGGGAGGAUUCAUCAGCGAUGAAGUCUUUAAAGAGCUGGUGGAAGCCUUGAGCCAGUACUCUGACCAUGAUGAGGAGGACGAAGAGGGAGCGGCGGCGGCGGCGGCGGCAGUGGAGGCGACUGGAAAGAAGGAGGACGAGAGAGUGAUGAGGAGUUCAGCUGAGGGUUCAGAAGAGACCAAAUCUGGUAGUGUGGCAUUCACCAGGAGGAAGAGGAGGAGCACUACUGAGGUAAGAGACGCGUCCAGCAGCAAGAAGGUCCCCAGCGAUGAGAUAUUCACAGCCAUCGCCUCGAUGUUCCCUUACAAGGGCACCACCGAGGAGCUGAAGGAAAAGUACAAAGACCUACUGGAGCCGCCGAGUCAAAAGAAGCUGCCCCCCCUCUGCACCCCAAACCUGGAUGGACCUUUCGCAAAAUCUGUGCAGCGGGAGCAGUCCUUACACUCGUUCCACACGCUCUUCUGCCGACGAUGCUUCAAAUACGACUGUUUCCUCCACACUUUCCAUGCUACACCCAGUGUUUACAAGAGGAAGAGUAAGGAGAUCCGAAUCGAAACCGACCCAUGUGGUGUUGACUGCUUCUUGUUACAGAAAGAAGCUAAAGAGUUUGUGGAUCAGAACAUGUUGCGGUCACAGAGGUCUCGCAGGCGCCGAAAGCAGCAGCAGCAGCAGCAGCAGCAGCAGCAGCAGCAGCAGCGUCCCACCAGCUCCAGCUGUCCUGGACCAUCCGGAGCCGCAGAGGAAGGCAAAGAGGGUGACAGUGACCAUGAAACUACCUCCUCUUCAGAGGGCAAUUCACGGUGCCCGACUCCCACCAAGCAGCGUCCGGGGGAAGAUGACGGGGAAGAGGAGGCGUGCAGUGUGGUGGAGUGGAGCGGGGCGGAGGAGUCACUGUUCAGGGUGCUCCAUGGCACGUACUUCAACAACUUCUGCUCCAUCGCUCGCCUUAUCGGUACAAAGACCUGCAAGGAGGUGUACGAAUUUGCAGUGAAAGAGGUCCUGAUCCACCGUGUUCCUUUGGGUGAUGGAGGCACCUCGCCCCAAAAGAAGAAAAGGAAGCACAGGUUAUGGGCAAAGAUCCAACUAAAGAAGGAUAACUCGUCCAAUCAGGUGUACAACUACCAGCCAUGUGAUCACCCCGACCAUCCAUGCGACAGCUCCUGUCCUUGUGUGAUGACCCAGAAUUUCUGUGAAAAGUUCUGCCAGUGCAAACACGAGUGCCAGAACCGCUUCCCAGGCUGCAGGUGUAAGACACAGUGCAACACUAAACAGUGUCCCUGCUACCUCGCUGUGAGGGAGUGUGACCCAGAUCUGUGCAUGACCUGUGGCGCGGCAGACCACUGCGACAGCAAAGGGGUGUCCUGUAAGAACUGCAGUAUACAGAGGGGCCUGAAAAAGCACUUGCUGUUGGCUCCAUCAGAUGUGGCCGGAUGGGGCACCUUCAUCAAAGAGGCAGUUCAAAAGAACGAGUUUAUUUCUGAAUACUGUGGGGAGCUGAUCUCCCAGGAUGAGGCAGACCGACGUGGAAGGAUCUAUGACAAAUACAUGUCCAGCUUCCUCUUCAACUUGAACAAUGACUUUGUUGUGGAUGCCACUCGAAAGGGGAACAAAAUCCGCUUUGCAAAUCAUUCAGUUAAUCCUAACUGCUACGCUAAAGUGGUAAUGGUGAAUGGAGACCAUCGCAUUGGAAUCUUUGCCAAACGAGCGAUCCUGCAGGGAGAGGAGCUUUUCUUUGACUACAGAUACAGCCAAGCUGACGCUCUCAAAUAUGUGGGGAUAGAGAGGGAGGCCGAAAUGACUUAGCUACCUGCUGCCUUCCUCCAUCACCUGAUUGGAAGUCCUCAGCUGCCCACUCAUGCUUCUGUCCCUCCAUGCAGCCUCACAUCCAGCUGACAGAUCUCUAUGAACAGUCACCGUCUCCACCCUCUCUGCUAAUCUUCUAAAAAUAGAAAGUCCCUGCUGAUUGCAGGUGCCUCUGCUCUGCAGACACAGUGUCAGUGUGUUCUCCCACUCAUCUCCCCAAACCCACCCACCCACCCACCUGCAAAAUCGUAUAAACCGAGCUUAUAAAACUAAUCUAUUUAAAGUGGAAAUACUAUUAAUCCAUUUUGCAAGAGGAUCAUGUUUUGUUUUUUGUUGUUGUUUUUUUUUUUUUGUUAAAUCUUGUCAAAGCAAAGUGGCCACGGUUUCCCAUGAUUCUUUGCUUCUCUCCGUUUUGUUACUGUACUUACAGUAUAGACCAGCUUAUGUUUGACCUCUAUGUGUAAUGCAAGCUUUUACAUCGUACCUACUGAUCAGUGAAAUGCAUGUGCUGUCUCUUGCAUAAACAAACCAUUAAAUAUAUUAGCCGCAGCGUUAGCUUCAGUCAGAUGCUGCUCUGUGCAAGUAGAAGAAAAAAAAAAAAGCGACGUUUCUGUGCAUUUAUGAUACAUUGUUCUGCAAAAAUAGGCAACCAGACAAGAAAACCGACUGACUGAAUGUAACCUGUAGAUGAUGGUGAAGAGAUCUCAUCCCUCUCUUAAUUUCUCAUAUUAUCAACCGAUUGGUACUCAAAGCAACGUACACACACAUCAAAUUUGUAUCGUCACGUUUACAUGAUCUCGAGGUCUUCGCAUUGAGUGAAAAAGUUCUCUAGUCACACAGUAAAUGUCUUCCUUUAUAUUUGUUAAUGUGCCAAAUGGUUCCACGCAGAAAGAUGCUGAAAGAAUGUGGAUGUGUUGCAUAAUAACCAGAGACAAGUUCAAGGUGACCUUUGAAAGGUCAUGACCAUGAAAAAAAGCAAAAUUCUCAGUAUUUGACCAAAAAUUGAAAAGUCCCCCACGUGUGAAUGUAUACCAUUCAUUAUCUGUACUUAUUACGUUUACUUUCCAGAUGUGUUAUUCUGUCUUUCAUUUACAAAACAUUAAACCCACUUCUAAUAAAUGAGAUCUUUCUCAAUAGAGAUGAACAAAAUGGAGUUUACUGCUAUGUACAGUGUUUGCCUAUAAAAAUAAAAGUUUAACUUUAUACAUUAAAA